AUGCUGCAGGCUCUGGCCCAGAUGGCGAGGCAGGGCUUCGUGAGGCUGCGGCUUGGUCCGCGGCCCCUUGGCCACCUCAUCGUGCAUGUCCGGUGGUUGGAAUAUGCAGAGCUCAUGAGAUCGCGGAACUACACGGCCACGAAUCAAAUCUCGGAUUCGUUCUUCGAUGAGCACGGCGUGACGUAUGAACCUUUGCGGACCGAGGACUACCUGCGCGUAGAAAAUUGCAUGCAGCUCCGUGCAGCUAUGCGCAGGCUGCGCAACGACCCACUCAGGGAGGGCGAAGCACCUCUCAACAGACUGGUGGACAUCCGUGGUUGCAACGUACCCACGAUGAUGCAAAUGGCGGUGAAGCUUGGACGCCUCAUUGCGCCCAAUGGUGACGAGGUGUACCCCGUCCUGGAGUUGGACGUGCGUGCAAAGCUCCGCCGGCCCCAGGAUGGCGCUCAGGUCCAGGACGGGCUGUUGAAGGUUCCUCACGGCGAUGGGACCGUGCCAGAGGAGAGCCUGGGAUUUUCUCGGCGGUGGGUCUCGAGAGACACGGAGUAUCGCCUUUGUCAGAUGACUGGUGUCGACCAUCGCGGAAUGCUGGGUUACCCUGGCUUCCAUGAGGUCAUUCGCCAGGAGGUCCUUGUGCGAGAGGUCCUUGUGCGAGAGGCCCUGGCGCGCAGCGGAGCCCUCCUGCGUCAGGUCCGGGCGCGCCGCAGAACUCCCAGGACGGUGGCCAUCGUGCGCUGGAGCCCGGAAUGGUUCACUGACGUGAACCGCCAUGCUCAUCAGUUCCCGCGUGCCCAAGUUCAGGAUCGGAACGGCGUUCGCAGGGAACACUUCUUCGCCUAUGGUGGCUACCACCUCAUAGACUUUCCGGACGAGCAGGAUUUCCCACUUCACUUUGUGGAGGCCGGGGGGAGAGCCAGAACAAAGAAAAGGCGAAGGCAGUCUUGA